UCACACAGUACACAAACCGCUCACAGCACAUAAUAAAAACUCGUAAAAGUGAUCUUCUCAAACACAAAUAAACCAGCAAUGAAAUUUCUAGAAAGGAAGCAUCCGCAGGACUUUUUAUUUUUAGCCCAAGACAGCUUCACAAAUUCUCACACACAAGUGACUCACUAAUUACCUGUUUUCACUUCAACUUUGCCAAAUAUUGGUUGAAUUUUUGACUCGAAAUAUUUCCAGAGGAAAGAUGACUGGUCCCAAGACAGGCGAUGGUGAGACAACACUGGUUCCUCUUCAUCGAAAUACUCAGUAUACGGAGGCCUGCAUGAAGAUCCUGAACGAGCAGUGGCCUCGCAGUAAUGCAUUGAGAAUGCGAAGUCUCACUUCCUCCAGUGAUAAUUAUCCAACUUCCCUAGUUUUGCUGAGAAAUAGCUCCAGUGAUGCCUUGGAAGUGAUUGGCCAUUCAAGAAUCAACACACUGCCCCAAGGGCAAAGAGACGUGUGGAUAGAGUCUGUGAUAAUUCGCCAAGAUCUUCGUGGAAAAGGUUUCGGGCGCACACUCAUGACGGCCACUGAGGACUAUGCCCGUGCUUGUGGCUUUGAAACGGCUUACUUGUCGACACAUGAUCAGCAGGUCUUCUAUGGGAAGCUUGGGUAUGAGUUUUGCCCACCAGUUUGUAUAUACGGGGGUUGUAUUAACCGCAAUCUUCUUCCAAAGCAGUUUCUAACAUCGGUAACUCCACAGAACAUUAAAAAGGACUAUAGCACCUCACCAGAUAAAGGAACUGAUAGAAUCUCUGAAUUGAGCAAUGGAAUAUCUCUGUGCUCACUUGACAAUAGACUUCCCAAUAAUUCAGCCCAGUCUGUAGGUACCACUGGUGCCCCUCCCCCCCCUCCACCCCCACCUCUGCCCCCUGGCCCACCUCCACCCCCUGCCCCACCCAUGCCUCAAAAAAGACAGAUUUCCAAAGAUGACAUCAGAAGAGUAGAUACAGGAACUCUGGCAAAAAUGUACAUGAAGAAAACAUUAUUAUAGGAAAAGUGUUAUGUAUAAUCAUUUGAUUUUUUUUUUCUGAUGAUGAUGAACUUUGGUGCUUUUUAAUCUUUGUGUAUCAUGUGAAUGAACUUUUGAAUAAUAAGAUUUUAUGUCAA